GGCAGCGGAAAGGCGCCACCCGGAAGAGGGCCCCGGCUCUGCUGCCGGCACCUAGAGGGACCUGUUCCGUGCUGUCUCAGGCCUGACUGGUUCCUGAGUCAGUCUUAACCAAGGUAAAGUAGGCGAGGAGCUGAGUGUUGCAAAGGAAUGGCCACCCGCCUAGAAGCUGAGGAUUCAGAGGAGCAAGGUGAAUUGGCCCAAACGGACAUCAGCGCUACGGCCGACCUUUCCAGUGAGACCAUCCCGUCCUUCACUGAGGAGGUACAGAGUUCCUGUUCAUUGAGUUCCUGCAGACGACUGCAGCCCAGGUCCCAGGACUCUGGGAGCAGGCCUGGGAGUGCCAAGUCGACCACAUGCUGGGAAUAUCAAGACAAACCAUCUGAACUUUCAGAAAGGAGGUUUAGUUGGAAAAGGAUCAACUACCUCAAGAGCAAAGAAACUAACUGUGGACGGUACCAACCAGACACUAAACUUCUUCAAACAGAAAUCACUGCGGUAUCUGAUGAACAAUUGAAUGCCCUGCAGUCCUUUUGCACCAGUAAGGUAAACCUGAUCCAUCACAGAACAACCUCUAAGGAGAAGAAAAGCAGCAGACAUAAAAAGCUGCCGCAUAGCUUGGAUGCAGAGGCUUUAGACAUAGGGGCCUUAAACUGUGCCGUCCCUGAUGAGCUUAUGAACAGAAUCUGUUUAAAAAACAUGAUGGCAACACUGAAGCAGGUGGCCACGGCUAAGCAACACAUUUCUUCCAGGUGUCCGAACUGUAACAGAAAAAGAGCAGAAUUGGCUCAAUCUGCCUUCCUGAAACGAAAGAAGACUUUACUGGAGUCAUUUCUACUCCAAGAGAAAAUAGAUGAACAUCUUCAUACCCAAGACUUUCUUACCCUUAUUGGAGAAGCACACCAGGGCCUUCCCAGGCUUUCAGAUGACCCCAGAAUGGUCUGGAAAAGACUGAAGGAGAAAAGUCAGAAGAGAUACUCUGGGUUUGGAAGGUCAGAUACAGAACAGAAGAUGUAGCAGAAUGGAAAUAGCGCUUGGCAUUCUAAUAGUGCUUUUGCUCUGUCACUUCUCACACCUCUUAUUCUAACCAAACAGGAGAUGCUGUUUACUAAUGAUAAUGUAUAAUGUGGAUAGAUGUUUUUGUUGUGUAUUUGAGUAAUUAUCAUUUCUACAGGCUGUCUGGAAACUAACUUAAAACUUUAUUAUGCUUCUUUCAUGGAUCCGAGGACUAAAAACUUCCAAACCAGCAUCUUUUCAGGGAGAUCCUGGUGGUUUGGACUAGUGUUUUGAGAAUACAGAUAGAAACAUGGAAAUGUAAGAGAUACUUAGAGAGGUAAUCAUUGACUGUCUUGGUGAAGAAAUGGAUAUGGGUAUUUAAUGAAAGGUAAAUACUGAGAGUGUUACUAAGUUUCUGACUUCUGUACUUGAAUAGAUAAUAAUUUCACUAAAUUACAUACAGAAAUAUUGGCAAGGAUCAUGUUUGAUAAGACUGAUUAAGAGUGAUUAUUUGAACAUGAUUGUUUCGAGGUAUAUUGGAGGCAUCCCCUUUGAGAGGUUGAGAAAGUUUUGGUUAUUUGUGCUCACAGUCUGCAGAUUUGAAGUAAAGGGAAAGGGCCACAGAUCAUUGGCAUGUAGUUGGAAACUGAAGACAUAGACGUGGUAAGCUGUUCUGGAAGAGGAGAGGGUGAGAACAAGAGGUAUGGCCAGCUUCUGAGAGAUUCCACAGUUAGUGGCUGGAUGGAGGAGAACAAGCCAGCAGAGAGAAGAAAUUGUCAUAAAAUCAUAAAACCAGGAACUUGUAGUGCCGCAGACAGCAAA